GGGGCUCGAGGAACCGGAAGUGCCGAGGCCUCCGGUGCUGUCUUCUCCGCCGCCGCUUUUAAGUCCCUUCGUUCGCCGCCUGGGUGCCGCGGGGGCCGCCGCCGAGGAAGCUGCUGUGGCCCCGACGGGAGCGGAGGCGGCGCGGCAUGAAGCGGCGUAGGCCCGCUCCAUAGCGCAUCGGGACGGUCCGGGCGGGCCCGGGGGAAGGAUUGGAUGGUGAGAAAAGGAAAGAUUCCUGUGAGAAGAGAUCAGGAUGAACGGAGAGAUCUGUGCUUAAAGUUGGGCCAGGUGAAAAUGAUCUCUUUGAAAGUAGAGAUCUGAGCAGAUGAAAAUACCAUCAGGAAGAUGCAACAUGGCAGCAGCAAUGGAAACAGAGCAGCUGGGUGUCGAGAUAUUUGAAACUGCAGAGUGUGAGGAGGGAAAUGGUGAAUCACAGGAUCGACCCAAACUGGAGCCUUUUUAUGUCGAACGGUAUUCUUGGAGUCAGCUGAAAAAGCUGCUCACUGAUACCAGAAAAUAUCAUGGCUACAUGAUGGCUAAGGCGCCACAUGACUUUAUGUUUGUGAAGAGGGCGGAUCCAGAUGGACCUCACUCAGACAGGGUCUACUAUCUGGCCAUGUCUGGUGAGAACAGAGAAAAUACACUAUUUUAUUCUGAAAUCCCUAAAACCAUCAAUAGAGCAGCAGUCUUAAUGCUUUCUUGGAAGCCUCUUUUGGAUCUUUUUCAGGCAACACUAGACUAUGGGAUGUAUUCUCGAGAGGAAGAGCUACUCAGAGAAAGAAAGCGCAUCGGGACUGUGGGGAUCGCAGCUUAUGAUUACCACCCAGGAAGUGGGACGUUCCUGUUUCAAGCUGGCAGCGGCAUUUACCACAUCAAAGAUGGAGGACCACAUGGGUUCACACAACAGCCUUUACGGCCCAAUUUAGUGGAAACUAGUUGUCCCAAUAUACGAAUGGAUCCAAAGUUAUGCCCCGCUGAUCCAGACUGGAUAGCUUUCAUUCACAGCAAUGAUAUUUGGAUAUCGAACCUCGUAACCAGGGAAGAACGGAGGCUCACCUAUGUGCACAAUGAGCUAGCCAACAUGGAAGAGGAUCCCAGAUCAGCCGGGGUUGCCACCUUUGUUCUUCAAGAAGAAUUUGACAGAUAUUCUGGCUACUGGUGGUGUCCACAAGCCGAAAGAACUCCUAGUGGUGGUAAAAUUCUUAGAAUUCUCUAUGAAGAAAAUGAUGAAUCUGAGGUGGAGAUUAUUCAUGUUACAUCCCCCAUGUUGGAAACAAGAAGGGCAGAUUCCUUCCGGUACCCUAAAACAGGCACAGCAAACCCAAAGGUCACUUUCAAGAUGUCCGAGAUAGUUGUUGAUGCUGAAGGAGGGAUUAUAGAUGUCAUAGAUAAAGAACUGGUUCAACCUUUCGAGAUUCUGUUUGAAGGAGUUGAAUAUAUUGCCAGAGCUGGAUGGACUCCAGAGGGAAAAUAUGCCUGGUCCAUCCUUCUGGACCGUUCCCAGACUCACCUGCAGAUAGUGCUGAUCUCCCCUGAGUUAUUCAUCCCGGUAGAAGAUGAUGCCAUGGACAGACAGAGACUCAUAGAGUCAGUUCCUGACUCCGUGACACCGCUGAUCAUCUAUGAAGAAACAACAGACAUCUGGAUAAACAUCCACGAUAUCUUUCAUGUUUUUCCUCAAACUCAUGAAGAUGAAAUUGAGUUUAUUUUUGCCUCUGAAUGCAAAACAGGUUUUCGUCAUCUGUAUAAAAUCACAUCCAUUUUAAAGGAGAGCAAAUACAAACGGUCCAGUGGUGGACUCCCUGCCCCAAGUGAUUUCAAGUGUCCCAUCAAAGAGGAAAUAGCAAUCACCAGUGGUGAAUGGGAAGUACUUGGCCGUCAUGGAUCUAAUAUCUGGGUUGAUGAAGCCAGAAAGCUGGUGUACUUUGAAGGCACCAAAGACUCUCCUUUGGAACAUCAUCUGUACGUGACCAGUUAUGCAAACCCUGGCGAAGUGGUGAGGCUGACUGACCGUGGCUACUCACACUCCUGCUGCCUCAGCCGGCACUGUGACUUCUUCAUAAGUAAGUACAGCAACCAGAAGAGUCCACACUGCGUGUCCCUCUACAAACUCUCAAGUCCUGACGAUGACCCAGUUCAUAAAACAAAGGAAUUUUGGGCCACCAUUUUGGAUUCAGCAGGUCCUCUUCCUGACUACACCCCUCCAGAAAUUUUUUCUUUUGAAAGUACUACUGGAUUUACACUGUAUGGAAUGUUGUAUAAGCCUCAUGACCUACAACCUGGAAAGAAAUACCCCACUGUGCUCUUCAUAUAUGGUGGCCCCCAGGUGCAGCUGGUGAACAAUCGGUUUAAAGGAGUCAAGUAUUUCCGCCUGAACACCCUGGCUUCCCUGGGUUAUGUGGUUGUGGUGAUAGACAACAGGGGAUCGUGUCACCGGGGGCUUAAAUUUGAAGGCGCCUUUAAAUAUAAAAUGGGCCAAAUAGAAAUUGAUGAUCAGGUGGAAGGACUCCAGUACCUAGCCUCUCAGUAUGACUUCAUCGACUUGGAUCGUGUGGGCAUCCAUGGCUGGUCCUAUGGCGGCUACCUCUCCCUGAUGGCACUAAUGCAGAGGUCGGAUAUCUUCCGGGUUGCUAUUGCCGGGGCCCCAGUCACUCUGUGGAUCUUCUAUGAUACGGGAUACACGGAGCGCUAUAUGGGUCACCCUGACCAGAAUGAACAGGGCUAUUACUUAGGAUCUGUGGCCAUGCAAGCGGAGAAGUUCCCCUCAGAACCAAACCGCUUACUCCUCUUACACGGGUUCUUGGAUGAGAAUGUUCACUUUGCACACACCAGUAUAUUGCUGAGCUUUUUAGUGAGGGCUGGAAAGCCGUAUGACUUACAGAUCUACCCUCAGGAGAGGCACAGCAUCCGGGUUCCCGAGUCUGGAGAGCACUAUGAACUGCACCUGCUGCACUACCUUCAGGAGAACCUUGGAUCGCGCAUCGCUGCUCUGAAAGUGAUGUAACUCUGACUCGUGUAGAACCCGCGUACACCAUCUAACCACACAAGGAGGGUUAGCCAAUAGAGAAGCCAGAGUUGACGAUCCCACUUUUGUACCCGACACAUAAGAUCUACUUCUGAAAGUAAAUUUGGUGCCAUGCAGAAAUCUGCAGCUCAUGGAUAGUAAUCUAACACCUUAACCAUGCACAGAGAACUGAGUGACAUGUUCCCAAGACAGUGCAGUGCCUGAGGGUACGGAACGCAGCAAGGCACCAGCGCCACACACUCAGACCAGCCUGCGUCCACUUUAGCAGUGUCAGCCUUGGGACUUAACUAGUGGAUUUGACAGUGUACCCUGAGUUUGUUCAAAUAUGAUGAUAGUAGUGAUUGGUUUGGUUCAGUUCCAGGAUCUCUGACUAGUUAUGGAUUUGAUAGCACUUACGUCUGAUUUGAAUAGCUUAUGCUUCCUCACUUGGGUUGUAUCCAGCAUGUCAUGAACUAAAUACUACUAAGCUUAUGACUUUCCUAGUCAUUAAUAAUUUUUCAAGGAUAACUUAGUGGCCUCCUGAAGAUACUUACUUAGGCUCUGACCAAUUUUUUUUAACCAAUUUAAACAGCAUCUAGUAUAAGUAAUUGUCCUUUUUCUUUGAUGAUGUGGGGUUUUCUUUCACAUAAGGCGAGUAACUAUGCAGCAUGAGUUUAAUCACAAGUCUCAAGAUAUUGACAAUUAGAGGCAAAAAUUUUUAAUCAGAUUAUUUGAGAGCUUGAAAAUUAGCAGGCAAGUUUUUUCUCCUUUUAGGAACAGAACAUGUACACAUUUACUUGUAUUCUGAAAACAUAAUGGUGCCGUUUCCAUUUGGCCUUUCCUUAAUUAACGUGUUCCCGAGUUCCCAGGAGGCGAAAGGAUUACAGUGGGAAGGGGGAGGCCUGGUGCAGGGAAUAACCAGGAAAGACCAGGUCGCAGGCUCUGCUUAAGAACUGAGCAGAAAUAGUUGGCCAGGAACACUGGUGAGAGAGACCAGAGUAAAUGUCAGUGUAGCUGGGGACCAGAGCUAGGAUGCCACGCUUUGCCACCACAGCUACAGGGCCAGCAUUCGGAGCGGUUACUUUUACAAUUCCAGCUUUUUGUUAUUUUUCCUUUUAACUUUAAAAAACUUACAAAUCUAAACUUUACCUUUUUUUAUUUGAAUGUAAUUUAGAUAUCACUAGCUUAAAAUAAAAAGGUUUCCAGACCACUUCUUUGCCGUAGAUAAUCCCUGACAAACCAUGGCACUCUGUGUUGGAAGCCUAUCAACAGUUGUGUUACUCAGCCAUAACCUUCUCCUGCUUCAGCCUUCCUGCUUGACUCUGAAGGGGUGCAUGAGCUUUCAAAUGCGGCUGGCAUCUGCACUAUGGCCUUCCAGUAUUAGAUGGGUCCCACUGCAGCCAGACACCUGUGGGUUUGACCCUCAUUAAUCACAAACCCCAGUGUUUGGACAGUUACCAUAACUUAAAAAUCACUCUAAGAAAAACCGCUGUGUUUCUUUCUCACUGCCACAUCAGGUCCCUUUCCAAGAAAGCACAGUGAAGACAGGGACUGCCAGAGUAGAGAUGGGUGACCAUGGGGUUCUGUCCUGGGAAGGGAGGGCUGGGUUUUGCUGGCUGUGUAUUUAUACUGUAUGAUAGAUCCCACACUUUUAUUGUCUAUCUAUUUUGACUUUAAUGCUUAUGACAUUUUCUCGUGCCAAAAUUUGUUUAUAUUUUUCAAGUUAAAUUAAACUGAUUUGGGUAACUUUCCUUCCCCUACAAAGUAUUUCCCCCCUGACUUACGUCUAUUUUGGCUGUUGAGGGUGGCAUUUGCAGGACUAACUAACCUCCAAGGGCUCCUCCUUACAUUCGAGGUAGGCAUGACAUGAAGUAGCUCCCAGCCACCCACUUGAAAUCUCUCACCCUUACAUUUGCUUUGUACUGAGACAUCUCUUAUUUUAAGUAGACAAAACAUAGAAAACCUCGAUUGUCCCAGAUUCUUUCUGCCUUCUCUCUGGCUGUCACAGGAGUGCAUCUACAACUGUCCUUUAAAUGCCCUCCUACUUCUCCAAGAGGGUAAGUGCUUGACUGACUUACAGAAAGAAAGGUGACUUGACCAGGUUUGCUUGUCAACAUCAGUGACAAAGGCAUCAGUCAGUUGGAGCAAUCAGAAACCGCAUUUGUCCUCUGUCUGGAGGUCAGUGAAGAGAGGCACAAGUCCCUGAAAGUACAAGUUUAGUGGAAGCCAGGAAGCACUCAUUAAGGACCAAAGUGUGGGGUUUUCACAGGCUCGGCAAGAGCUACUGUACGUCCAGAACAGCAGGCCCAGUCUUGAAGCUGCUCUCAGAGGAGUGAGCUCAUCAGUUUGGGAGGAGACCAGAGUGCGUUUUCCAGCACAGUGAGCUCCCUGGGCACUUCCGUCAGGUCUGCCGUCUGCUUUAGUAAACUAACUGUGCAGUUGCAGCCUUACAUGGUGACCUACACGGUGCUGACAGCCGUCAGGGAAAGGCCUCAGCCGGGAUGUCUGUUGACCUCUUGCAGAAGCAGAGCAAAGCACUCUUCAUGCCCUUAGUCUGAGAAUGUAUUUGGUCAAGAUGACUUUUCCCAUUCCUGGCCCCUCUAAAGCCUCACACAGAAAGACAAAAGCCACGCUGCGCGCUUGUUCCCUUUAAAAUCGUGAGCCACAGGUAUGCGUGCAGGUGCUUCCCGCCUUUACAGUUGUCUCUGCUGGCGGAGGAGUCCAGUCUUCAACAUAACCCAGUGCCCUGCUAGGGGGGAAAAGCCUGUGUUCUAGAGAGAGAGAAACAUGCCCAAUAUCCACAGUUAGUACUCAGAACCAGGGUCCAACUGUGGCCUGCCUCAUGGUAGCUAUGUGAUAUUUAAGAAAGGUAGGGUUUUUAAAGAAGUAUUUAUUAAUAUAUUCCUAUAUAACAUUUUAAAGGAAGCCACAUAAAAAUAGUUAAUUUUUUUCUUUCUAAGUAAAUGCUAAGCAUGCUUAUUAACGAAGCAGUACUGAUGAGUAUGUGGCAUUCUGAAGCUAACCUAAAUCAUUCUAUUAAAUGUCUUCCUUGGUGUCAUGGGAGAUAGGGACACAGAAUGUUUGCAUAAGCCCAGGAACCCAUCUUCCGUGAUGUGAGACAAGAGCCUCAGCCAGGUCUACACUAUGCAUGUGAGAGCAUCCUCUCCCAGCACAUGGAAGGAACUGGAAACAUCCCGACUGUGGCCUUCCCAGCCCCGCCCCUCCUCUCCUACCUGCCCUCCCUACUGUUCCAGAAGCCCCUUGCAGACACAGAAGCUGUGUUUGUGUGUUUGGUUUUAAGUAACCCUAAUACAAAUUUAUGCUGUUUUCAGCAAACUGGGAUUUGGGGCUGGUGGGGAUUUAAGUUUAGCACAUAAAGUGCCUGCUGUUUCAGCAGCGACCUGAACAUAAUCUGCAUGUCUCUCUCAGUGAGCGUAGGGUCUCCUCCUUUUCAGCCCCACGCCUUUUAAUUGUGUGGUGUGAAGCAUUAGUUUUGCUGCGUUUUAUUACAGGUUCUUGGUUGCAAUAAAGAUGCUGCUGAAAUCAA